AUGGUUUUCAAAUCACAAGUUUACGAUAUCAAAUAUCCAUUGUAUGGAGCAAGUUUCUUGGACAAUGAGAACUUGGUAGUCCUAGGUGGCGGUGGAGAAGGUAGAAAUGGUGUUCCUAAUAAAGUAUCUCUGGUCCACGUAGAUUUAGAAAAUGAAACGAAUGAGAAGAAAAGAAUCAAAUUGGUGGAUGAGUUCGAAUUGAAUUCAGAGGAUGAUUCUCCUACAGCAAUGGAUGUCACCUCGGAUAGGACUAUAUUGUUCAGUUGUAAUGAAAAUAGUAAUAAAAUUUUACAAGGUCAUGGGAAUAGACAUAUUAGGAAGUUUCAAAUUGUCAAUGAAAAUAAUAAGAUGAAGUUGAAAUUUGUGGAGAGUAAGGAUUUCGAUCAUUUCGAAAAACCAGAUGAUUAUACUAAAUUAUUAUAUGUUUCCAAUGACGGUUCACUUGCUGCAAUUGCUUCAUCUACUGUGCCAGCUAUCAUAAGAGUCAUUGAUCCUAAGGAUUUGACUGAGAUUUAUGAAAUUGAUUCUGCUCACGAGGUCAAAGAUUUGAACUUUUCCCCAAAUGGGAAAAUCUUAGGGUAUAUCACUGAUUCAUCUUUAGAAGUUAUAUCUACUGUGACUGGUAGUUCAAUUAUUAGGAAAAUGGAUUUCAUCGAGACAUUAGAUAUCAAAUUGUCGAAAUUCAGAUUUAUCAAUGAUGAUACUAUGUUGAUCUUGGGGUCUUUAAUUCAUUCCAAAGGUAUAAUAGCUGUGAAAAUUAGUUUGAAGAAAGGUAAAGCCAUUGUACUCAAGUCAAAAUGUAUAACCACAAACGUGAAAGGAGUUACUGCCAUGGAUGUCGAUUUGAAGGGAGAACUUUUAGCAUUUGCUGGUAAUGAUAAUUCGUUAACUUUGGUUCAAUUGAGAAAAUUAUCAUGUAAGAAAGUUUUCAAACAAGUACAUCAAUUUGCCAUUACUCGUGUUUGUUUCUCCAAGAAUUCUAAAUAUUUAGUUAGUGUUUCUGCGGCGAAUACAAUACAUGUUAUUCAUCUUCCUGAGAGUUAUCGUACUUCGUUAUCUUUAACUGAAUCAUUAACGAACUUUUUUGUGAAAUCAUUCUUUGUUUUAUUCCUAGCUUUAAUCGUUCAACAAGUAUACGAAAAGGAACUUUCAUCUAAAAUUUACAAUUAUUAUCAAUCUCAUCCAUUUUCUUUACGUAAACUUAUCAAGAGGGAUAAUGUUAAUCGAUUAGACGAUGAUUUCUUUGAUCAAACCACAUUGGUGGGUAGUAAUGGAGGACGUAUCGAAAUGGAAACUCAUGAUAUCGUAUCGACAAUGACAACACACACAGCCAUAGAGGAAACUUUCGAAAUCACAACUACAUCUGACUCCAUAUUGACCGAACCAACUGAAAAACUGUCCAUAUUGGAAGAUACUAAUGAAGAUGAACCGAUAAAUAUUCAUGAAGAACCUACACCUGUAAUGGAGAAUAACAAUGUAGUUGGAGCUACUGAGUUGCCAACUCAACCAGAUGCGGAAACUGAAUCAGGGGAUGAAGAAAACAUCGAAAAUGAUGCCAACAUUGAGGAAGCUUCAAAAGUGAAGCAACUUAUAUCGGAAGAACUACAACCCUCCGAUGUUCCAGGUGAACCUGAAACUGAAAACGCUGUAGUUGAAGAUAUUAAUGAGCAUCAUGUUGGAUCAUCUCUAGACGAGGCGCCAUCUCAAGAAGAUAUUGAAAAUAUCAAUAGAGAUAGUGAAAAUGAUGAAGAACAACCUGGAUGGGCCAACAACAAUAUUGGAUCUUCUGAAGAAGUUGAUCAUCACCCAGAAGUUGUAGCUGAAGUGCCCCAAGGAGAAGAGCAGCAUAUUGAAGAUAAGUUCGAGGAAAAUAUCAAUUUUGAAUUAGAAGUUAAUGAUGACAGAAAUGACAUAUACGAUGAAGUUGGAUCGGAGGCCUCUGAUUCAGUUCAAUAUGAAAGUACCGUUACCGUAGGUGAACAACAAUAUAAUGCUGACGAACGCUUCUCAUCUCGAGAAGAUGACAUAGAUGAUGAGAAUGUUGCAUUUCCUGACGACAAUAACAAGGAUUGA